CUUCGUCAAAGGUCCUCAAAACGCGCAUGAAGCACUGGCAGCAAGCAGGCUAUGCAUUGCAGAACUUCAAGGUCUAGGGGUGGUACACGGGUGGGCUUGCUGCUCUUGUUGCUGCUUUCAAUUCCAAGCAUCUCAAGGCUUUCCCCUGGUUUUUCAGACGGGUGUUGAGCAGAUUGUGCCCCUGGAGGAGCCGUUUCUCUCUCAAGUUGUCCAGCAGCGAUCGAAGAACAGGCUGAUUGGAGCAUCUGUGGCGCUUGCUGUACAAAGAAGAGCCUUCAAAGUCCACUGUUGUUGCCUUCCCAAAGGCUUUGAAGAAGGAAAGAAAGAGAUGGGCCAGCCUACAGAGACUGCGCCAGCUUCAACAGCAAAUGCUGCCGUGGUCACUGAGGAGGUGCUCUUCCUUGUUGAUAGUGCACGGUAUGGGGACGUAGAAGAUGUUCAGGCAACCUUAGAUUCUGGUGUCGAUGCCAGCGCAGCAGACUCCAGCGGAAGGACAGCUCUUCACAUGGCUGCAGCCAAUGGCCACGAAAACGUAGUCCAACUUCUGCUUGAGAAAGGCGCCAAUGUGAAUGCGGCCAAUCAAGAAGGGAACACUCCGCUGCACUGGGCUGCGCUCAAUCACCAUCUGCAGGUCGUGAAGCGGCUGCUGGAGGCCGGCGCCAACCCUGGCGCGCUGAACAAAGUCGAUCGCACACCUGUAGACGAAGCCCUAGAUAAAGGCUUUGAUGACGUCAUCAGUGUGGUAAACACGAACCAGGCUAGCGAGCAAGUGGCGAGCACAAGCCUGGAAGAGGUAGAACAGGAUGGGGACGAAGGAGAGGAGGGGAUGGAGGAAGAGCGGACAUGAAUCUCCGAUCACCUUCAUUUCUUAAGGCAAUGCGAUUCAGUGCCAUCGUUUACUAUAAGUACAUUGGCUUACUAGAAAUAUAACUUAGCCGGCCUAGGGCGCCAGCAUCUAGGAAGCAUGCUAAUAUGCUAUUGUUGUGUGACAAAU